AUGCAACUCGAUCACGACGGUCGAGAUCGAGUCGUCUACUACCAGUCGCGUCCGCUAAAGCCUGCUGAGCGAAACUGUCCGGUACAUGACAAGGAACCCCUUGCCAUGAAGUACGCACUCGCGAAGUUUCGAGUGUACUUACUCGGCAACACGCCGUUCGUGGCACGCGUCGUGGAGCACGGCUGUGAAGUCUCCACACAGCACUUACUCGGCAACACGCCGUUCGUGGUCUAUACGGACCACGCGUCGUUGAGGGCGGCUUACAACGUCCGGGUCGAGUACAAACCCGGAAGGUUGAAUGUCGUCGCGGACGCGUUGUUGCGACGACUCGAUUAUGCUGUCAAGACAGUCAACGUCAACCGGAUUGACGUCGCUCGGACAUAUACACCAUCGUCGUCCUUGUUGGACGAGGUGGCGGGCGCGUGUGCGCAUGACGCAGACGCGAAGCAGCUGAUCGAGUUUCUCUCAGCUCCUUCCGAUAAAACACGUCUGAAGUUGGCCCCUCGUCUACGAGCGAGGGCACACCGGUAUCGUGUGCACGACGGUCUACUGUUUUACAGCACUGUAGACGACAAUGCGUUCCGCAUUGUCGUGUCGAAUGAUCCUGACCUGCGCAGCAGGAUCAUGUACGAGAAUCAUGAUGUCCCCACGGCAGGACAUCCGGGACGUGAAAAGACGUAUUCCCUUCUUGCGAGAGACUUCUACUGA